UGUUAUCCGAAUCGACGUAUUGUUAAUAGCUGAUGUUUAUCGUCUAGAUAACCAAGUAGGUAUUCUAUAGUAAUGUUUGUAUCACAGUCCACGGAAUAAAUUUGAGUAAUUACUGAUCACUGAUUACUCUACGACAUUAUUUAUAAUAAUAUCCACCUUCUCAGCUUCUCAAUUCCAAUAUACUGUAAACGGGGACAACGACGUGACAUCUAGCCAUGAGCCAAGCUGUCGAAACGAAACAAGCGGAUCGUUUGAAGAAACUUAGAGACCUCCACAUCAAAAGAAAUGAAGCCAGAGUGAACAACCAUCAAGAAGUUGUUGAAGAAGACAAACAAAUGAAGUUGCCGUCAAACUGGGAAGCAAGACAGAGGAAAGCAGAAUGGCUUUUAAAUGACGAUAAACUGAGACAAGAAGCUAAAGAAAAAGGACAAGAUUACAACCGUUUAAAACUUUUAAAUAUGACCGCAAUGGAAGCAGAUGCUAUUGAUAGAAAGAAAAAACGCCAAAAUCCUGAUCCUGGGUUCUCAGAUUACGAAGAAGCUACUGCUCGUCAAUACAACAGAAUGAUAUCCAACAUGAAAGUAGACAUGGGUGCCUAUCAAAGACAAAGAGAGAAACUGGGAAAAGCAUUCUAUGCAGAAGCUAACACUUAUUUGCAUGAUAAAGUAAAAGAUUCAAAAGAAGGAAUUGACAAUAUGGUCGAUGAUUUGGAAAAACAGAUUGCAAAACGUAACAAGUUCAGUAGGAGAAGAACGCAUAAUGACGAAGCAGACAUUGACUAUAUCAAUGAAAGAAACAUGAAAUUCAAUGCAAAAUUAGAACGGUACUAUGGAGAGCACACUACCCAAAUAAAACAGAAUUUAGAAAGAGGAACUGCUAUUUAAAUUUAAGA